CCAGGCACCACCUCUUGGUCUGAUCUUCACAACGUUUGAGUCCUUUUCUACACGACAGACAUAGAAAAGUUGGUUUUGCAAAGGAGGGAGAGAAAAAUCAGGCAAACCGCGAAGAGGUUUUCUCUCUCGCUCUUUGCACGCCUGUGCGUAAAAUAGAAAAAAAAAAACUUCGAGCCUGGCUAUGAUCAGAUAGCCAGAGAGGAGCCAGAGGAGGAAGUUGGAAGGAGGGACCAGCGCAGCGGCGUAGAGCAAGAGAAGAGUUUAUAUCUGCAUUCUCUCCGGACUCUUCCACCGCUGUGGAAUCGGAGGAUCUCUUCAGUUCUGGCUUUGUAUCCCCCUCUAGAGAAGCAGUAAUGCGCGCAAAGGGACGCAAGACUCAAGUGGUGCUGCGUACCCGCUCAGACUCAAAUUUUUAAACACGCUGCCGUUUUGAGCAGGUUAACACACCUAUGCUGUCGAUGUCAGCGCAGGUAGUGAAGAGGAUCCCGGAAGAACUCGUAGUGCAGGUUACCAGGUUGUUUGCAUAGCCUGUGCUUUUAUUCUAAGGCGAGCGAGCGAGCGCCGAUGGACUUCAAAAAGUAGUUGUUCUCUACUACUAGUUAUUGAUUUUAAAGUAAAUCAGCGGGAAGAAGAUGAAGGAGCUGAGGAAAAAGAAGCUGUUCGUGGUGAUGGACGUGCUGUGCGUUUUAGUUGCGGCACUGCCCUUCAUCAUUAUGACCAUUGUGUUCAAGCCAUAUCAGAGGGGAGUUUACUGUGAGGAUGAAAGCAUCAUGUACCCCCUAAAACCAGACACCAUCACCCAUGGCAUGCUGGCAGCCGUCACCAUUUCCUGCACUGUCAUCAUUAUCUCCUCUGGAGAGGCUUAUCUGGUUUACAGCAAGAGGAUUUACUCUAAUUCAGACUUCAACCAGUAUGUAGCUGCACUCUACAAGGUGGUGGGCACCUUCUUGUUUGGAGCAUGUGUCAGCCAGUCGCUGACCGACCUUGCCAAGUUCACUAUCGGCCGACCGAGACCUAACUUCAUGGCUGUAUGUGCCCCCAAGACCUGCACAGGUUAUGUGCAGGUGAUCAACUGCACCGGCCAGCCGCAGGACGUCACAGAGUCCAGAUUGUCCUUCUACUCUGGUCACUCCUCUUUUGGAAUGUACUGCAUGCUCUUCCUUGCACUUUAUGUGCAGGCGAGACUGGUGGCUAAGUGGGCCAGACUUCUCCGGCCCACCAUCCAGUUCUUCCUGGUGGCCUUCGCGGUGUACGUGGGUUACACCCGAGUCUCUGAUUACAAGCACCACUGGAGCGACGUGCUGGUGGGGCUGCUGCAGGGAGCGCUUGUUGCUGUACUCAACGUGCGCUUUGUGUCUGACUUCUUUAAGAAGCGGCCACCACGUUGCACUAGGCAAGAAGCAGCUGAUAGCGAAGAGCCAGAGAGGAAACCCAGCCUGCAGAUCGCAGACUCCGAUCACACCAACCAUUACAACUAUCACCACAAUCCUGGCCCUGUGUGAUAGGGGGCGGACGCUGGGGAACAAAGGCUGCAGCCUACAGACCCCAAACCUGUGUGAUAUGGUCCAACCCAGGGCCUUCAACCCUGAUUGUGCAGUUGACAGUGUUUCAUUUAGGCAAUAACCUGAGUCACCUGCAGUCCUGAUUGUGCAGGCUGCUCACUGUGAACUCCUGAUGCCACGUGAGAAGUUCAAGAAUGAAAUGUAUGUCAGUCAGAGUGUCAGUAUGAGUUCCCAGUCUGCAACUAGACCUAUAUGUUUCUUUUUGAAAGGAGUUAAAUUAGGGAUCUGGUCUGUAGUUUGCAGCCUCCAAGCCCCCAGCUUCCUCCCUAUGUGUCAACCACUCACACCCCACCUGCUCCCCAACCACUGGACUGACUGAGGGUGCUGCAUCCUAUUGCUAGGUCUCUGAGCCCCCUCUCAAAGACACCAUAAUGACCUCCUUUUCUCCUGUAAGAGAGAGAGGAGUAUUUGUUUUAAGACAUCGUUGUUGAUGUUAAAGUGUAUUUACUUAAAGCUGCAUUAAGCGAAAAACUCCAAACCUACAGCAACAAAGUUUUAAUAUACAGUUGCCUUAUUAAGUGCUUGUGGCCAAUAUUUUAGCAAAUACGUAACACAGUAGAAGCAGAGAAACAUGAGCAUGCCAGUCACAGUCCUUUUCUGGCCACCUGAUGAAUGUAAGUAUGAUAUUCACUUUGUGUUCAUGCCUUUAUUGGUACACCAACUGGCUUUGGCUUGGUAGAAGUUUCACUUACUUUACUAGCCACUUAAGCUCAGCGUAUUGCAGGAAGAAUGAAGCAUAGAGUCUGUUUCUAGGUUUGUAGGAAACCACAGUUCUAUAUAAUGUAAUGUAAGAGUGGUUGGAUUUCAGUGAACCAAAACAACAACCUGGUAGUGCCUGAAAACUGCAGUAAGGAUAGGAAGAUUUUGGUGUUGAUUCACAGUGGGAUCGGCAGUACUAGCAACUUUUUUUCAUUAAUGUCAAAUAUAUCGCUUAAUGGAGCUUUAAUAUGUUUUGUAUGUUUUUAUUUCCAUAUGUAGACAAGUUAAUUUAGUUAUUUUUAGUGCACCUUAAGCUGUUUACACACCAGAAAACUUGCAAAUUAUAACCGCUUGUUAAAAUGGACACUAGUUUACAGUAGAUGAGAUAACUUUCUCUAUAUUUCAAGGCUCACACACUACAAAUGCCAGCUGCAGGCCGUUCUAAAGCUGCUUUGAAAGGAGAUGUACAUCAUCUUAACCAAAAUAAGCAACAUUCAGCGAUAAUCCUUUGAUAUGAAACUAGCUGACUGCACGUUCCUGCCAGUUCUCAUAACUGCCACACAAACAGGGCUGGGAAUCUACUAUGACAAACAAUGUUUUUAAAGUGACUAUACAGGUUUGCAUUCCUGGUGACUCACUGUUUAGGUCAAGUCUGAUUCACUAGCACCAGAGAUUUCAACUCUCCGCAGAAUUCUAUCCUUUAGUGACUGCCAUAUUGUAUCACUGCCUAAGUGUGUCCAGAUAAGUGUCUGACGUAGAGUGUUGUAGAACAUAACAGUCUUUUAAGGCAGACUGUAUGUUCAGAUGGGGUCAGAUUUACCCUCCACAGUAGUGAUGCUUCUCUAAAAUGCAUAAAUUUUUAUUGUUGUGAUUGAUUCAUGUUUCCCCUGUGUGUAAUGGACUGCAGAGGUAGAAAUCAUUGAUGCAGAUAACUUAAGUUCUGUUGAUCUUAAUGCGUCAUACCACUACUAUAUUGCCAAUCAAAUAUUAAGAAAUUUGGCCUCUGUUUUGUUUUUUUAAAUUUUGUUUGUUUUGUUUUCUGUCUUACUGUGUUUUUUUUUUAUUUCUCAAAUAAUAGUAAUCAAAGAAGGAUGACAACCAUUUUGAAAAUGGUGUUUAAUUUAUUUUAAAGGAAAGAAGUUCUUUAUUAACUCUUAUAAGGUUGGAAUUGCCAGCGCUGUUAAGGUUUUUGUGCAAUCAUCCCUGCUUGCCACUAUGAGCCACAAAUACUGUACUAUGUACUAUCUACUAAUGCUAUUAGACAUGUUUCAUGUUCCGUGAAGGAUGUGUUUAUAUAUACGCUUGUAUGUUUUGUUUUGUUUUCCACAUGUAGGCAAGUUUUAAUUUCACCUGUACAGUUUACUUUGGCCUGUGCCUUCACAGACUGGUGUCUAUUGGAGUUGCCACACAAACGGAUCCAAUUCCAGGUCCAAACAUAAGCCAGAUGCCUUGGCAGGGCUUUUAAAGGGCCGUUGUAAUGAUAAAGGGUUACAUAUCCAACUGUGUUUUUGAAGUUAGUAACACAGCUCUACUCCCACUUCAAAGAAUCAUCUAUGUUCUUUUUCCCCUUCCUGUGUUGAUAGAUGGGGUUAAUUUGUGAAUAAGUUCUCCUGUACAGUUCUUGUACAGCAUGCAGACCCCUGGAGGACUGACAACAGAUCAGACAGACCUCAAACUUGAUGGGGGGGGGGGGGGGGGGCAGGAAGACAUAGAGAAUCUCACCUGGUUGUGAUUGUGAGGCCCUGAAGCUUAGCUGCAUCUAGGGAGAGGUGGGGUACUUUAGGAAUUGGGGUGUGGGGUAUCCCAUGGUGAACCUUGGUCCCUUGGGACUUCCGCACAUUUAAACACAGAUUUACAACAAGAAACAGCUGGAACUGGUUGCGGUGAAGUGCCGUGCAAGCCCCCUCCCUUGCUCCUUACAUCUAAAUCAUCUGUGUGUUACUGCAGCCACACUAAUAACCCAAAUGAGGACGAGGAUGUAGAAACAUCAUGGCAUUUGAUUCCCCCCCCCAAUACUGUGGGAACCAUGGUUUUCAUCUGGUAAUGUGGCUCCAUCUGUUUUUAUGUUUUACUGGAUCAGUGCCUUAGAAUGGGCACUGGUUGGCCAAUCUUUUGUUUAUAUGUCAACUUGUAGGUAUGGUUCACGUUGUGUUUGCUUUUGUAUAUAGAUUAUAUCUAUAGUCUCUAAAUCAGAGAGUUUUAAAUAAAGAUAUAAUCUGCAUUCUGUUAAA